AUGGCGUCUCCGCAAGGAGAUGGAGACGUCGUUCCCCCUUCUGUCCUAUCCGGGCAAGACAAAGCACCGGUUGCGGGUCCCUCAGAGGAGCCCGCCGAGUAUGCGCAGAACUCCGACUCUAUCCCCGAUGACAACACGAUUGAGGGCGACGAGGAGGCGCAAUUAGCAGCGCUUGCAGCUGGCGUGCGCGAUCAAGACGACCUAGAGCGAGACAUCGGUCGCCAAGCGGACCAGCUACUGCAGGAGCAGGCAGAUGAGCGCGACAAGAAACGAUUGGAGAAGACGCGGAAAGAGAGGGAAAGACUGCAAGCUGGUAUCGAUGUGCUGGACAAGAAGCUGAGCGAGUUCGGCAAUAAGCCUACGAAAGACAAGUACCGUUCAGAGAUCGCCCACUACGAAGCUCUGAUCGCCCCCCUCGACAAGGACCUUGAACAGAUCCAGAAGCGCAUCGAUGAUCGCAAAAAAGAGCAGAGGACGUCCGAUGGAGCCACGGAAGACAACGCGGGCAACAAGCGUAUGCCCGGCGAGAGUCAACGCGAGUUCCUUAUCCGGACUGGCAAGAUCACGCCCUUCUCCAAGAAGGGAAAGCAGCUACUGAAGACUUCAUCGAGCCUAGGAGACAUUCUGCUCGAUGCGGAAGAAGAAGAGGAGGGCGAGGGCGAAGAUGAGGAUGUCUCACUGCAGGAAGAGAUUCGAGCUGAGCCUAUAUCACAUCGGAAUUUGCUUGCGCCAGGUUUUGAGCAGGAUGAGAGCGCUGCCACCAGCGCUGCAGGUGAGACUGAAGACGAUGCAGCUUUGGCGCGCAGACUGCAGGAUGAGGAGUUUGCUUCUGAGCGGCCUGCGAAGCGGAGACGACUUCAGAAUCGACGACAGGCGAAAGCUGCUUCACCAGAAGCCAGCGCCCCAGGGGACGACUCGGAUGCUUACGUUCCAGAUCGAGCCCUCCACGAUCUCGAUGAUCAGGAAGCAGAAGAUGAGCUGCCGUUCGAGACCACUCCUGGCAUCAAGCGAAAGCGGGGCAAGAAGCAGGAAGCCGUGCACGACGCUGACGACGACCAAGAAGACCUUGCAGGCAUUGAUGAUGGCAACGAACAUGUUUAUGAGGUGCGGCUGCAGAGCUGGGUGAAGCGUCGUAGUGCUGCGAGGCGGCGAGUGAAGGAGCAACGAGCGGCAUCCCAAGCAGAAGAAGGUGAUCCGGGAUACGUCAACCUUGAGGAUGCGGCAGACCCUGCACUCGAGCAGGCUGAAGAAGUCAAGGAAGAGUGGCACAUGCCUCAUCCAAGCAGGACAGAUGCUUUGUUUGAGGGUGGCUUGCGAAUACCCGGAGACAUCUACCCUUCCUUGUUCGACUAUCAGAAGACCGGAGUGCAGUGGCUUUGGGAGCUGUACUCUCAACAGGUCGGUGGAAUCAUCGGCGACGAGAUGGGUUUGGGCAAGACGAUUCAAGUCAUAUCAUUCUUGGCCGGGCUGCACUACUCGGGCAAGCUGUCGAAGCCGGUAAUCGUCGUCUGUCCCGCCACCGUCAUGAAGCAGUGGGUCAAUGAGUUCCAUCGAUGGUGGCCUGCGCUGCGUGUCUCCAUCUUACAUACUUCUGGGAGCGGCAUGCUGGAUGUGCGACGCGAAGCACGCAUCGAGGAUGACCUCGAGGAUGAUGACUUUGCCGGCAAGCCUACUCAAAGCAAAGGCCACAAAUCCGCAAAACGUAUUGUUGACAAAGUACUCCGUGAUGGGCACGUGCUUGUUACGACCUACUCUGGUCUUCAGACUUACGCCGACCUGCUCAUUCCAAUUGACUGGGAGUAUGCAGUACUGGACGAAGGUCACAAGAUUCGAAACCCCAACACAGCGAUCACGAUCUACUGCAAGGAGCUUCGAACGCACAACCGUGUCAUUCUCUCAGGCACGCCCAUGCAAAACAACCUAACCGAAUUGUGGUCGCUGUUUGACUUCGUCUUCCCAAUGCGACUUGGCACGUUGAUCAAUUUCAAGAGCCAAUUCGAGAUUCCUAUCAAGCAAGGUGGCUACGCGAAUGCUUCAAACUUACAAGUCGAGACGGCGAUGAAAUGUGCCGAGACGUUGAAAGACACCAUCUCGCCGUACCUGCUGCAGCGCUUCAAAGCUGAUGUCGCCGCGGAUCUGCCGAAGAAGAGCGAGCGAGUGCUCUUCUGCAAGCUUACAAAAUUGCAGCGAGAUGCGUAUCAGUGGUUCCUGAAUUCAGAAGAGAUGAAGUCAAUCAUGGCAGGGAAGCGACAAGCGCUAUACGGCGUUGACAUACUGCGCAAGAUUUGCAACCACCCCGAUCUCGCCGAGCACAAGACACUGUCGAAGAAGACAAAUUAUGAUUACGGACACGGGGCGAAGUCAGGCAAGAUGCAGGUCGUCAAGGCUCUCUUGGAAAUCUGGAAGCGGGGCAGCCACAAGACGCUACUCUUCGCUCAGCAUCGGAUCAUGCUUGACAUUCUGGAGAAGUUCGUCCAGGCAAUGCCUGGCUUCAGCUAUCGCCGUAUGGACGGGAACACGUCAAUCAGGGACCGUCAAGAUCUUGUUGACGAGUUCAAUAAAGACCCCAAUUUACAUGUCUUUCUGUUGACGACAAAGGUUGGCGGACUCGGUGUCAACUUGACAGGCGCGGAUCGAGUCAUCAUCUACGACCCGGACUGGAAUCCAUCGACAGACAUCCAAGCGCGAGAGCGUGCAUGGCGACUUGGUCAGAAGCGAGAAGUGCAGAUCUAUCGUCUCAUGACUGCCGGCACUAUUGAAGAGAAGAUAUACCAUCGCCAAAUCUUCAAGCAAUUCUUAACGAACAAGAUCUUACGGGAUCCGAAGCAGCGACAAACCUUCCAGCUGCGAGAUUUGCAUGAUCUGUUCACUCUCGGCGAUCCAAUGCAGAGCGGUGAGACGGAGACUGGUAGUAUCUUUAAAGGCACCGAGGUCAAGCUCUCUGGUGCGAAGGGCAAGCAGGAUCGAGGUCUACCCACACGUCCUGAAGAGAAUGAAAAAGAUCGAGACGGUGCCGAGAUCAACGAUGUGGCCGGAGUUUCUCGACAAGAGGAUUUUCGCGGCGAAGACAACGAAGAGAAGCCUGGGAAUGAUGAGAAUCGCGACGACCGAGUCUUGUCUUCCAUUUUCUCUCGCACAGGCGUGCAAGCUGCCCAGGACCACGACGCGAUUAUUAAUGGCCGCAAGACCGUCCGCGCUGACCCCGAGAUGAUCAACCGCGAAGCGAAGCGCGUGGCUGCUGAAGCUGCAAAGGAACUUCAGCGAGCUGGCGAGAUCGCCCGCUCUCUGCCUGCUGGUAGCGUGACUUGGACCGGACAGCAUGGCAGCGCUGGUCGCGAUCCGUCACCUCCUCGUCGCGGCGGCAUGGGCUUGCGCGGAGGUAGAGGAGGUGCAUCUGGUCGUGGCGGCCCAUCCUCCUCCUCCGUACUCUCCAAUCUCUCGAGUCGCAAUCUCAAUGCCACGGGCGCCGCUGCCUCUUCGCCAUCUUCCAGCCGAGCCUCUACGCCUGCCGGUCGGGGCGGUCGGAUCGCCAGAGCGGAGAAUCAGCCGAAGGGCAAAGACUUCAUCAGACUUAUUCGCGACUACCUUAUCGCUCAACAGGGAUCUGCAUACACUCAGAUGCUGAUUGAUCAUUUCAAUCGGUUCUGUGGCACGCCAGAGCGGACGGCCGAGUUCAAGGAAAUGUUGAAGCAGAUCGCGGUCCUGGAGAAGGGCGGUCGGGGUAGGGGCAAGUGGGUGCUUCGGGAAGAGUAUAGGUAG